ACAGGACUGGCUGAGAUUCUGAAAUUCUAGGAGGAGUACAUCUCAAUACCGUGUCUCCUGCCCAUUUGUGAGCAAACGGAUGUGACUGGAAGAAGCAAAGUUAUAUCUACACCAAAAGAAGCACAAAAGAAAAAUUGAGCACAAUGGUCAAUUUCAGCUUGACACUGCUAUCCCUUGUGGCUGGUGUAAAGGGAUAUGACGGAUCACCCAAUGGAACUGUCUCACCCGAGAAGAAAUCUCCUUGUUACGAUCAAGGAUUGGAUAACGAAGUGUUUAUUUUCGCCAUCUUCACAAUGCUUUUUUGUGUUUUGGGAAUUUUGGGCAAUGGGGUUGUCAUCUGGCUGCUUGGCUUUGGCAUUAAGAGGAAUACGUUCGCCUUUUACAUUCUAAACCUGUCCAUUGCUGACUUUGGUUUGGUCACAGCUGAACUGACGAUUGAAAUACAUUGGCUUUUCGUACACUUGUACUGUGGUUUUCCCUACGUGUUAUUUCAAAGUGCCUUCCUCUUUAUGUACACAGCUGGCCAAUUUCUACUGACAAUCAUCAGCAUUGACAGAUGCGCCUCUGUCCUCUUCCCAAUUUGGUAUCGUUGCCACCGGCCAAACCACUGGUUCACCACUGCAUGUACUGUGAUAUGGGUCCUCUCCUUCCUAAUCAGUGGAACUCAAUUCAUUCUCAUCCUUAUGCCGGGCCUUGAAAAAGCUCCCCUAAUGUACCAGUUCAUCAUAAAUGCUGUGCUUUGCCUGCCACUCAUGAUCAUCUCCAGUCUGACCCUGUUCAUCAAAGUCUACUUAAUAUCCAAACAGAAGAUGCGGGGAAAACUUUUAAUAGCCAUCUUGCUCACUCUUUUCUUCUUUGUGAUUUUGGCUUUUCCACUGAAUGCCUUUUACUUUACUAUUUAUUUGCUCCAUGACAUACAUCCCAAUCUUGUACAUUAUGGCUACUUAUGUGCCUGUAUAAACAGCAGCAUUAACCCCCUGAUCUAUUACUUGGUUGGGAGACAGAGGAAGGUGGGCGCUAAGAGGAACCUGAAAGACAUACUCCAGAAGGUGUUCAAGGAGGAGGAUACCUGUUCAGCCGAAAUGGAGACCUCUGAAAGUAAAAUCUGAUGGCUUCAAGAGAUGAAAUCUUACAAUUUUAUCAUAGAUCU